UAAGUUCAUCCGAAAAUGACAGAAAUGUCAACCGUCUGUCGGGGCUGCAGACUUUCGUCCGGAGCUGCUUGAAUAUAUCUUGGAUAUUUUCGAACAGUGCAGCUGGUAUGCACUGAAUUCUAUUCCCAUGAAGUCUGCUGGUAUAUUGGAAGGCCUGCUUUUCGGUAUGAGACAGGAAUAGGACCACGGACCGGCACCUCACCAUAUCACCCCUCAGGACGAUGUCCCCUCGAAAGAAAAGCGUUGGUGAGGCGGCUUCAACCGACACCUCCUCGGACUAUCAGUGCCCCACUUGUUCAGAGAAUCUCCCCUCGAAAGAACUCUUCGACAUUCACAUGUCUGGCCACUCGAACAACCUGAAGUGUGCCGUCUGCAACAUGGUGCUAAAAAGUAUGAAGAAUUAUGAGAAGCACUGCCAGCGCUGUAAGCCGUACGAAUGCCAGAUUUGCGGGCGAGUCGUCCGCUUCAGACCCAACUUCAUCAAACACAUGCGAGUGCACACCGGCGAGGACUCGCAGCGACUCAAGUACAAAUGCGAGGUCUGCAACAAGGAAUUCAUGAGCUUCGAGUACUUUAAGGUCCAUAAGAAGAUACACAGCCAAAACCUGAACUUGACGUGCAAAGUAUGCGGGAAGGUGUUCAGCGCCCUGGCGUCGCUGAGAGGCCACAUGAAGUUACACACGGGCAUGCACUUGCAUACGUGCGAUGUUUGCGGCAAACGUUUCGGUCAACGGUACAACUUGAAAAUCCACACGAGGGUGCACACAGGGCAGUUGCCGUUUGAAUGUUCGAUGUGCAAAAAGAAAUUCCACACGGAAUCGAGCUACGAGAACCAUCUACACACCCACCAGAAGCCGUCGGAAGCUGCUGAAAUCCACCUAGCCCCCGUACAAACAGCACUACCCAAGGAGGGAGAAGAUUUGCUGUCGAGUCUUCAGCUGAAAGUUCUUCCGAACACCACGGCGGACGGAACAACUGUCCUCAUCAAAGAGGAGAGCAUUGACGACUGCCCUUCCGAUAUCUUCAACGUGCCAGUUGCUUCCCGAAUGAAAACCAUCAGCGACUUCCUGGCAAGCUCCUCUGCGUCGCCACCGACGAACGAGUUUGAAGACAGCCUUAACGAAUGUUCAGAACUGCCAUACUCUAAUAUUUUCGACAUCGACUCCGUCUCCCAGGGAAUUCCCGCCACUGAAGCCGUUCUGGAAGACAAUGACCUGCUAAGAAGGACCGACAGCAAGUCACAGGAGGCGCAUUCCAUGGACACGACGGACGGAAAUUUCAUUCGCAAGGAAUGGGUCUACGCCAGCUACGGAGUGGGCUCCAAGUUGGACGACGAGAUUUACUGUCCCGCCGAAAGUUUUAUAUAUGAGUGAGCGGACGCUGCGCGUCGGAGGAUGUUAAAUGUGAUCUCUCUGUAAUGUGUUCGACGAUAUUAAGUGGAAAGUGCAUAGGCGUAAGUUAAAUGAAUUUCUAGUCACGUGUUCUCUUUAACCCUUAAAUACUAGUCUAAAGUGUCGAAACGGAAAGUACCUAAUUUGUGCAGAUGUCUUUCAAAUUUGUGAUUUUACUGUGUAUUUUAUCAAGGAUAAUUGGAAUUAAAACUACUGUCAUUGAUCCUAAUGCAAAUUCAAAUACAUAAUUUGAUU